AUGCCUUCAUCUUCUUCCUCUAGUUCUUCCUCGGCAAGCCCGUCGUUUGCCGAGAUUGCAUCUGGUGUCGCUGAUCUCGGCGAUAGAUCAAAAGUCACACCUCAGCAAGCGAUUGACAAGUUUUGGAAGCAAUUCACUACCAAGAACCCCGGCAAAGCAACUACUGUCAUUCCCUCAAACACUUACACUGAUCUCGCCGCCAAGAGAGGCAACCAAGUAACCACCACAACAACCCUAGCAUCCUACGAAGACGCCGCAGCAACAUGCCGCGCCAAAGUCGAAAAGAUCGUCAAGGAGUGCCGUCGCAUCAACAAGAAGUACCGUGAUCCUCACUUUGACAUUGAAGUUGAUCUCAAGCUCUAUCGCAACGACUGUCUGCACUCUCUCUCCAAUGUUGAGAACUACCAGCCCGGUGAAGAUCUCCGUCCGCAGAGCGUGAAGCGCGUUGGUGAUAUCUUUGAAAAGCCUUGUUUUUACAUUGAUGGCCCUACUGCGAAUGAUGUUAGGCAGGGACGAGAUGGUGAUUGCUGGCUCAUGGCGGCGCUGUGCACGCUUAGUGAGAAGCCUGGUUUGAUUGAACGCCUUUGUGUUGCGCAUGAUCAAGAUGUUGGUGUUUACGGGUUUGUAUUUUAUCGGGACGGAGCUUGGAUUUCCGAGAUUGUUGACGAUUUCCUGUACCUCAUCAAGCCGGACUAUGACGAGGGGUACUUUGACAGGAUCCUCUUUGACGACGUUGAGCGCGUUGAUCCGGAUGAAGCAUACCGUCGCAUCUUCCAGUCAAACAGCAGUGCGCUAUACUUUGCCCAGUGUCAGCAUCCUCAGGAGACUUGGCUGCCCCUUCUUGAGAAGUGUUACGCCAAGGCUCACGGAGAUUACGGUGCGAUCGAGGGCGGCUUCGGAGGCGAGGGUAUUGAGGAUCUUACCGGUGGUGUCACCUCGGAGCUUCUGACAACCGACAUUCUUGACAAGGAGUACUUCUGGAAGGAAGAGUUGCUCAAAGUCAACCAAGAGUUCCUCUUUGGCUGUAACACCGGCAUCUGGGGUCGUGGCUGGGGUGAGCGCAAGGGCAUUGUUGAACUCCACGCCUACUCCAUUCAGAAAGCUAUCGAGAUUGAUGGCAAGCGACUCCUCAAGCUCAAGAACCCUUGGGGCAAGGGUGAAUGGACCGGUCCAUGGAGCGACGGCUCAAAGGAGUGGACUGCCGAGUGGCUUCAAAAGCUCGACCACCGCUUCGGCGACGACGGAGAUUUCUGGAUCUCGUAUGAAGACCUACUUAGAAAGUACCAGGCCUUUGAGAGAACCCGUCUCUUCACCGACGACUGGCGCGUCAGCCAGCUCUGGACUACGCUCUCUGUCCCUUGGGCAUUGGACUACCACGACACGCACUUCUCUUUCACCCUCUCCAAGCCUGGUCCCGUCGUUCUUGUCCUCGCUCAGCUCGAUGAUCGUUACUUUAGAGGUCUCGAGGGCCAGUACAUGUUUGAGCUUGGCUUCCGUCUUCACAAAGCUGGUCACUCUGACUAUGUCGUACGAAGCCAGACACCAUACCGCAUGACGCGCUCCGUCAACGUUGAGCUGGAGCUUGAGGCUGGCGACUACGAAGUCCGCGUCAAGAUCAACGCCACCCGCAACCAGGAUAUCUUACCCAUCGAAAAGGUCAUCAAAGAUAACGCCAAGUCUCGUCGCGAGAAGCUUCUCCGCAUCGGUCUCGCCUACGAUCUCGGCCACUGCAAGGGCCGUUUCGUCGAGACACCCGAAGAAAAGGCCGCCCGCAAAGAGCAUGAGGCCAAGAUCAAGCAGAAGAAGAGAGAUAAGAUCAAGGCAAAGCUUCUCAAGGAGCGGGAAGAGGCUCACUACCUUGCUACACGACAGUUUGAGCGGGAUGAGCAUAAGCGACUGAAGAGAAAGGAGAAGCUUGCUCUGAAGAAGGCUGCUAAGAAGGCGAGACAGGAAGCUCGCAAGGCUGAGAGGGCUGCAAUUAAAGCUGAAAAGGCGGCGAAGAAGGCUGCUGAAGCUGAAGCCAAGGCCAAGCUUGAGGCAGAGGAAGCCGCAAAGAAAGAAAAGGAGGAAGAGACUGAGGCCGCGAAGGAAGAAAAGGCUGAGGGAGAUGAGGAGAAGGUCGAGUCCAAGCCUGAAGAGCCCAUGACUCCCGAGUCUACCGCAGACGAGGACUCGAAUGAGAAGGAGGAGGCCAAGGAAGCUGAAGCAGCUGAGCCCAAGGCCGACGAGAAGGAAGCUGAAGCCGACGCCGAAGAAGAGGAGGAAGAGCAAGACAUCGAGAGCGAACCCGAAACCGAUGUCGAAAGCGUCGGCACACUCGCCAACCUCGCCGAUCGCGAACUCUGGAUCCACGUCGACAAUUACACGGGCACUAUUUCCUCCGACAGCGACUCGGACAACGAAUCGACCACCUCCUCGUCCUCAUCCGCCUCCGAAGCCGAGAAAGACCCCUGGAACGCCGUGGUAGUAGCCGGCAUCCGCAUCUUCCACACCGGGCUCGGCGAGGGUGAGGACGACAGCGACAUCAACCUGAAAGUGAUCCGACCGAUCCCCUUCGGAAAGGAUGACGAGGAGGUUGAUGUUGAGAAGAAGUGCAGUACCAAGGUGCUGGAUGUUGAUGAUAGUGCCAAGGAUGCUACGCUUGUGGGGGAUGCGAGUGAGAAGAUUCGGUUUAUUAAGGGGGAUGGGGCGAAGAGAAGAACUGCUACGUCUUUGUUCUGA